UCACAUAACCAACUCCACAAGGUGCACGCAAUGCAACAUUAAGCGCGCCAGCUGCUGAUUAACCUCAAAGAAGAAGAAGAAGAGUGGCGGAGAGCAGAUCCACGAAGAAGAAUUCCAAGCGCUCAUCAGUACGCGACAAAGAUGGCCGCCUGUGGGCUAUUCCGCUCCCUGUCUUCCAACUUUCUCACAAUUUUGCCUUCACUCACCCGCUCGGCAACACUUUCCCCGUUGCGGCUGGCAUCCCAACCUUACUUUGGAAGAACACUAGCCACUUCUUGUCGAUUAACAGCAGCACUUAAAUUCACAGACAAGCACGAAUGGAUCCGAGUAGGAGACGACGGCGUUGGGACUGUCGGCAUCAGCAAGUUUGCGCAAGAGGCUCUGGGAGAUGUAGUUUACUGUGGACUACCAGAGGUGGGAACACAGCUGGCUCAGCAAGAUGAGUUUGGAGCUCUGGAAAGUGUGAAGGCUGCCAGUGAGCUGUAUUCCCCUUUGACUGGAGAAGUUGUAGAGGUUAAUGCACUACUGGCAGACAAUCCUGGUCUGGUGAACAAAUCUUGCUACAAAGAUGGUUGGCUGAUGAAGAUGACCAUCGGCAACCCUUCAGAGCUUGAUAUUCUAAUGGAUGAAGCCGCCUAUGAGAGAUACAUCCGCUCCAUUGAGGACUAACCUAACACUUCCUAAUAAGUGCUACAUGCCCCUUCUCCUUUUCAAACACCACUGGCUGGAAGAUCCACAAGUUGGUUGUGCCUGUGUCGGCUACAACGCUAUGUGGAGCUCAUGAGCUCCAGAAUGCUGACCUGCCAGUGUUGUAAAGCUGUGAACAUUAGGAAACCUUUAUCUACUGUUAAAGACUGACUUUUGGUGACCUGUGAAUCUGCACUGACUAAACAUCCUGUGUUGAGUUUUUGCCUCAAAUCCCCAAACGGAGGAGACGGAGACUCGGUCAAUAGAGCAGUUCACAUACAUUUCAUUCAAAGGAAAACUUGAAUCUGUUGUAGGACAUUGUUAGACUUUAAAAACGCACUUUGGUCUUUAUGGUAUCAAUAAUAAUGUUGGUCUACACUGCAUGUAUGACAGCUAAAUUGUAGAAAUGGAACCUUUUUAAAUGAGAAAAUAAACAAUUCCUGAGA